CAUUCAGGCACUGCAUUUGAGUACAUUUCUCCGACCAGUCAGAAGGCUCAAGAUUCUUUCACUUUGUUCAAGAACACCACAGCAAUCCACAGACAGAAGGGAAACAACAGGGAAGUGAAGGGACAGUCAACAAGAGAGAGAGAGAGAGAGCUGUAAGUUGCAAACAGCUGUUUCUACACUAAUUCAUAAAUUCAAAAAAUAAUUAGCGCUCUGCUAGUGCUACGUACUUAUGUGAGUGCUCUGGUCAAUAAAUGUAUUAUUUGCUUUUAAAAUUGUUUUGCAUCAUGCGCUUAAGAAGACAAACUAACUAGCAUGCUAACAAUAUGUUAGGUUAGCAUGAAGUUUAGUGGUGAUAACAAUUAAAAUCAAUGUUGCUGCCUCUUUCAGUUUUAUCAAAAAUGUAUCCCACUGUUUGUGAAGUUGUGAGCAUGUUAAGAUCUGCAACAGAUCAGUUCAGACAAAAGACAAAACAUCUUGAUGAAAAUGAAAAUGCAGCUUGUGGUCUGAAGAGAACGAGGUGAACGUGUCUUCUGUCAUGUGAGUCUACAAAAUACAAGUACAAUAGGAGUGGGAGGAUAAUUUAAUAUGUUAAUUACUGUGCUGACAUUACAGGAGACUAUACAUUACUACACUUAAUCCAAGGCUCAGUCUUUCACUUUGUUCCAGCAGGACAACAACAACAACACAGGUAGAAAGUUUCAAUCACAUUUAUCCUCAAAUGUGUGGUUAAUUAUUGUUUCCUGUGAUUGUUAAACUGUUUUAUGUUUGUUUUAAAUAUCAAUAUAGUUUUUCAGCUUAUUGAUGAAAAACUAAACAAAAUAUGAUAAUUGUAACAGCAACAUGACAACAUGUAUGUGCUUUAUAAUUUGAGAUUUUGGGUCUGUUUAGUGUAAUUUACUUUAGUUUAAUUCAUUUAAAGCCUGGUUUUGGUCAUUUAUUUUCCUUAAUUAAUCGUUUUUCUUAUAAUGAACAAUUUUGAUGUGUUUUAUUCAGUGUCACUCAGUAUGACGGUUCAUAAAACUGAUCACAUUUUGUACACUGCCCAAGUUUAUUAAUUUGUACUAUAACUGUCGAUGGUUUGAAUCAACUUUGAACCUGCAACUACAUUCUAAGUUUUUUAAUAAUGUGGCUUUUUAUAUUUGCACUGAAAAUUACACUAAAAUAUAUUUGAAUUAUGUACAGAAAACCCUAAUUUGCUGUUGCAGCAUUUUAGUAAUAUUAUUAAUUAUUAUUAAUUUACUUUUUCCACCAAAGUGUAGCUUUACAGCAGAACCUUAAUACUUUCUUCAAUGAUGAGUUUAAAACUUUUUGUGUGACUCUUUACUCUCCAGCUAUGGGAGCAAAAAAUUGUAAACCAAAUCAGCCGCCUCCAUGUAAGACUAUUUUUUAACUUUUUACAAUUCAGCUCAUUGCUGCAUGAUGAAGGUAUUUCUUCAUAAUCUUUUGUCUUAUGUGAAUGUGUGUCCCGUAUUUGUCAGUUCUCGACACACCAUGGAGAGAAAUAAACUGGAGUAACAAAAAGAGCGCUCUGCAGUAUGUGAAGAACUACAAACCUCACAUCGAAGGUCGGCAGCUCAGGAUUCUUCUUUAUGGACCAAUUGGAGCUGGAAAGUCCAGCUUCAUCAACUCUGUUCAAAGUGUCUUACGAGGCAAGAUGUGCGCAAUGGCCUUGGUGGAUAACGAGUCUCAUGACUGUUUCACCAAAAUGUACACAGCCUACAAGAUGGAAAAGGAAACCCCAAACACCUUUUACCCCUUUGUCUUCAAUGACAUCAUGGGCUUAAGCCCAGUAAAAGGUGUGCUUGUGGACGACGUCAAACUGGCCUUGAUGGGACAUGUGAAGAAGGAUUAUGCGUUCAAUCCUGAAUCUAAAUUGUCAGAAGGCAACCAAUUCUACAAUGAAGAAGUAAAUCCCAACGAUAAAGUGCACGUCCUGGUUUGUGUCAUUCCUGCCAACACAGCACGUAACAUGAGAGACGAAACUGUGCAGAAGAUUCGGGAAAUCAGGAUAGCAGCCAGUCGGCUAGGGAUUCCUCAAGUGGCCAUUCUCACCAAAAUUGAUCAGACCUGUCCUGAGAUCAAAGAAGAUUUAAGGACAAUCUACAUGUCCGCCAAUGUGAAGGAGGAGAUGGAGCAGAUCAGUGUGAACGUGGGUAUCCCAAUGAACUGCAUCUUCCCCGUGAAAAACUACUCUGAAGAAAUCGACCUCAACGAUGACACCGACACACUGAUCCUGAGAGCGCUGAGACACAUCAUUGACUUCGGAGAAGACUUCAUGAACCACAAAAUGAAUCAGGCUGAAGAUUCACACAGAUAUGCUUGAAGACAACAUGAAAAAGGCUGUAUGUCAUGACAAAUGUGCUAUUAUCCAGCAGGAUUUAUAACAGAAUCUACAUUUCUUUAUUACUUUUUGUUUGUUUGUAUGCAGUUUCAUUCGCUGUAUUGAGACUAAUAUGUGAUAUAGUCUUUAUAUAUAUUAUAAUAAAUUAAGGCUGAUCAGUUUCUCCAUCUCUCAAGUCACGUUGAUUUGCCCUAACAUUAUUGAAACCCACAGAAAUUUGUAUUCAUUUUUACAUUUCCAAAGAUACCCAAUAUAUCAGGCUGAAUUUCAAGGAAAUGUGUUUAAAAUGCUGAACAUCUAGAAUAUUUCCAUUUGAUGGAGUAUCAUGUUUUAAUAUUAGUAUAUUCACUGUGUAGCUUUAAUGAAGAGCUGGAACAAUCUGACAAUAAAUCUGCUUUCUGAACCUUCAGCACAAAUGUGAUUAUUAUUACCAUUAAAAUGUUUUUUUAAGUGGUGUCUGAAUGUCAAACCAUUGGACUCUAAGGUAAUUUUUCCAUUUUUCAUUCAUUAUUACCAGGCAACAAACGUUAAUUUCAGAAUGUAAUAGGAAAGCCUUUUGGAGCCUUCUAAACAGUUGUUUAUUUGCUAGUUUGGCAUUUGAUUACCACCUAAACAGUAAUCUAUAUAACAAAUGCAUGUCAUCAUUUUUCUAGCAUAGAUUCACCUCUACCAAUAGUAAAAUUGUCUGUAAUUAAAUAUAUAUAUUUCAUUUGUUUGAUAAAAAGUAGUACAGAGUGUUAAGAUAACUUUUAAAAAGUCAUGUAACUGUGGGAGGUUCCAUUAACUUAUUUAUAUGAUACGAGAGAUUAGGUAUUCUAAUAAAUUUAAGCUCAGAGAGUUGAAAACUCUUCAUGACGACUUCUGAUUAAUUUAAUCUGUAAAGCUCAAAAAAACCUCCUCUGACAGACUGGAAUACAUCAUAACAAUUAAGGGAUUAUUUUCAUCCAACUGGUUGAUAAAUGCAUUAAUAAUCUUUCAGCUUUUAGGGACAAAAAUGUAAGUAUGUGCCAUUUAUAACUAUUAUUGCCUUUAAAUAAUUUAGCUUCUAAAACCAUCACAAGUAAACAACGUUUUCUUCCAUAAAAUCUAGCAUAAAUCUCUUUCACUAGUCUAGUUCAACAUAAAGUUACAGCUAAAACAUUACACUUACACUAAUAUACUUGAACAUACUUGAAGGGGCA